AUGCGCCGCGACGAUGGGGCUGUCGAGGAUGUCGCCACUGCAACCCCUGCCGAAGAUUCGGGUCUGGACGGCAUCACCCUCUUCUCGGGGAAGAAGCGCGGCCGCAGGGCGCUGGAGCUGGAUCGACAAAAUGGCAAAGGGGUGAAGCGAUUGGACCGCGGGCAGCAUGAGCGCGUGGCAGCGAGCCCCCCAGGCGACGGGGGACUCGUUGGGCCUUCUGAGGCACCUGUGGCAGGCGCAGGGGUUGAGCCACAAGCAGCAAGUUCAGCGAAUUCAGCAGAUUUGGAUGCAGGAUGGGCCAAUCGCAUGGGCGCGGAAAGCGAAGGGCGCGGCGGAGAGAAAAGAAAGAGAAAGGAAGGAGAAAGAAAGGAGAAAGAAGGAAAAAUCGACAGAAAAAGGGAGGGGAAAGCCGGGCAAGCUGGCUCUUCUCCGGGGCAGGGAGAGGGCAUGAACGGCGGGGACGGCGGCGAGGUCGAUCGUGCGAACAAGAGGAGGAAAUUGGACGGAGGGGAUGAGGGGGGGUUCUCAGAACUGGGCCUGGCGCAGUGGCUGGCGGACGCGUGCGGAGGGCUGGGGAUGGCGAGGCCCACAGAGAUCCAGGGGGGUUGCAUCCCGGCCGUGCUGGCGGGGCGGGACGUGAUCGGCGUGGCCCAGACGGGCAGCGGCAAGACGGCGGCCUUCGCGCUGCCGGUGCUGCAGCGCCUGGCGCGGGACCCCUUCGGCGUCUUCGCGCUGGUGCUGACGCCGACGAGGGAGCUGGCGUUCCAAUUGGCAGAGCAAUUCAAAGCACUGGGUGCAGGGAUGUCUGUUCGGACCAGCGUGGUGGUCGGGCGCAUGGACGUCCGAACUCAGCUGAGGGAGCUCACAAGCAGGCCCCAUGUUGUGGUGGCGACACCAGGGAGGCUGAAGGAUCUUCUAGAAAGCGACCCUUCGUUGUCUGUGGUGUUUCGUAACAGCCGAUUCCUUGUCCUUGACGAGGCCGACCGGUUGUUGGACCCAUGCUUUGAAGCGCACCUGCGGGACGUGCUGGCAGUGCUGCCUACCGAUCGGCAGACAUUGCUGUUUUCGGCCACCAUGAGCACGGCGUUGAUUAGAUUGCAAAAAGCAGCUCUGAAAGAUGCUUACAUCUAUGAGGCAUACGAGGGCCUCAAGACAGUAGACUCGCUCAAGCAGCAGUAUGUCUUUGUGCCUGCCAAAGUCAAGGACGUGUACUUGACCCACCUCCUGACCCAGCUAGAGGACCUUAAAGUCCGUUCCGCCAUGAUCUUCGUUGCCACCUGCCGCGGCUGCCAUGGCCUGGGCCUGCUGCUGCGCCAGCUGGGCAUCCCUGUGGCCUGCCUGCACGCCGAGAUGGCCCAGAGGGCCCGGUUGGGCGCCCUGGAGCGCUUCCGCUGCGGACGGGUGGCCAUACUGGUGGCCACGGAUGUUGCGAGCCGUGGGCUGGACAUACCCACAGUGGACCUUGUGGUGAACUAUGACCUGCCGCAGAUGGCCAGGAACUACGUGCACAGGGUCGGGCGGACAGCUCGUGCUGGUAGGGGUGGCUGGGCGGUCAGCCUGGUGACGCAGUACGAUGUCGAGCUGGUGCACCGCAUCGAGGGCCUGAUUGAGAAGCGGCUGACGGAGUACGCCAUGCCCGAGGACUCGGUUUUGAAACUUAUCACGCGGGUCUACACCGCGAAGAAGGCUGCACUGCUGCAGGCUGCCAAGGAAGAGGUCUUUGAGCAGGGCUCGGGCACCACCACUUAUAAGAAACAAGCAAGGCUCCGGGCGGCUGGGCGGGUUGGACGAAUUUGA